AUGACUUCCUCAAUGUGCUCACGUCAAGGAGCUUUAACAAGGGCUACUAACCAUCUCCUAACUAAUCUUGACGACAGUGAACUCUUAGCAUUGUCCCAAGCAGAGCUUUCCUAUGAUGAAUUCGAUCGCAUUUCCUACGUCAAUACGCUAAUAAAGAGCAUGACGAAUGCAAUAUUCGCCAUUCAGUUCGAAAUGGAAAACGUCCACAUAGCACUCAAUAAGUAUAGUGAAGAAGUGGAUCACCUUGAUCCUAACAUCCCAUUAGUGGAGGAUGCACGCGGUAGAAUUAAUGCAAACACCGAAAAAACACUCGAGUUACUUGAGAGAGCUGCACGUUAUCUCUUCANAGCUGCUGUUUAUGAAGUCACAGGACAAUAA